AUGGAGCCUAAACAGGAGUCUCCUGACUCUGCUCGUGAAAAUUCACUUUUUCUGAAGUUGGUUCAUUGGCAUAAACUGUUCGAGUCCAACAGCCCUCCACGGUUAGGCAUUGAUGUUGAUAAACGAAUUCCCUAUGCAACAUUUGCUGCAUUUUCCACAGGCCUAGGACUUGGAUAUCUACAUGGCAGCAAAAAAGCUGGCUUUGUAUUUCGGGCAGAAAACGCACAUCGAUUCCCUACCUCGUCAACAGGGUGGUUUCAAUACCACAAGACGAAGAAUUACAUUUCCAUAGUUGGAGGAGUGAAUGAUGGGGUCAAGAUGGGCUUUAAACUAGGUGCUGGGGCACUUGCUUUCUCCCUUUUUGAGGAGACAGUUGACUAUGCCCGGCAUGAAAACAGGGAUUUUUUGUCGACGGUAAUAGCCGGAUUGUCGUUUUCUGGGAUAUACAGUUUGCUAUCCCGCCAUGAUGUUUACACUGCUGCCCGUACUGCAAAGCUUGGAUUGAAGCUGAGUCUGGUCUAUGGGCUAUUACAGGAUGGCCUGGAGACAAUGAAGGGAAAUCAUCCGGCUUAUUUGGACUUUGUGAUGGGCAGUCGGACACAAAAAAACGAAGGCUCUAUCUGA